UCGGUGGAGAUGCUCGCUGAUACUACUCGUUCGUAGUGCUUCUGUUGUGUCCGUUCAACGUUUCAAAACAUUUUCUGAAUUAUUGUUUACCUCACUAUUCGAAACGAUUAAUGGUGGAAGCGCAGUAACCAUCCGAUGCUUUGGUAUAAGAUGCCGAUUUCACAUUAUCGAUAACAACAUCCUCCUGCUCUGGGUGCAAGGGUCAGAGCAGUUAAAGGAAAACAGUGAACAGAGUGUGAAAAGAUGAAUUGUAUCAAAGGAUGCUACGGCAAUCGUUUAUUGAUACGCCAUUGCGUUCGAUUUACACCGAAAUCAUUCGGCCCCAGCAAUAGCAAUAGUGAUAACAACCUCAAUGGUAAAGCGGAACCAACGAAAGCCUCCGACAACAUACCAGAGCUUCCACCUGAACCGACGACUUGCUGCAUGUCGGGGUGCCAGAACUGUGUCUGGAUUCAAUACGCCGCCGAGCUGACAAAGAUUCUGGACGACGGUGGCGAGAAGGCCCGCGAGAUUGUGCUGCAGCGGAUCGAGGACCCAAGCUUGAAAAUGUUUCUCAGGAUGGAGCUACAAAACAUGCCGCCCAGCAAACCAUCGGGCUCAUCAUGAAGUGUUCUCUCUAUACGAGGAACAACCGUUUUUAGUCAGUUUCCGAGUGGAGUAGUAAUGACUUAUCUUAAUAAAGUAGAGUAUAUUAUCUUGCGGGA